CCUUAAUUUAAAAAAAUCCGUAAUUUUCUCACAUUAAUUUACAACCGUCUGAUCAUUUUACUAUCUCUCUCUUGAUCUCAAACACUUUCUCUCUCUACAAUUAGUGUUAAAAACGGUAUUUUUUCGUCGCAUAAUCCUCCAAUUUUAGCGACGCUAUUAGCUCAUCUCUGCCCCUUCACACUUUCUCUCUCCUCUUUUUUACUCUGCUUUUUUCGUGUCUGUAAAGGUCAAGAUUCUGGCGCCGCCCCUCGCCGGGGACAUCUAUUUUAAGUUAAAGAUGGUUUUACUGGUAAUGUAGUAUACAAGAAAAGAGCCAGAGCACUUUCUUCUAGUGGUUGUGGAUCUCUUGCUCUUUAAAUAUGGGUUGCUUUCAUUCUACUGCAAGUAGGCAAUGUCCCGGACACGAAGACCCGGUUUUCCUUGCUUCUCAAACUGCUUUUAGUGUUAGUGAAGUCGAAGCGUUGUUCGAGCUGUUUAAGAGCAUAAGCAGUUCUGUGAUUGAUGAUGGGCUUAUUAGCAAGGAGGAAUUUCAGUUAGCUUUGUUCAAAAACAAGAAGAAAGAGAAUCUUUUUGCUAAUCGGAUCUUUGAUUUGUUCGAUGUUAAAAGGAAAGGAGUAGUUGAUUUUGGUGACUUUGUCAGAGUGUUGAACGUCUUCCAUCCUAAUGCCUCUCAAGAAGACAAGAUAGACUUCACAUUUAAGCUUUAUGAUCUGGAUGGCACAGGAUAUAUUGAGCGUGACGAGGUGAGGCAAAUGUUGAUCGCAAUUCUAUGUGAAUCUGAACUAAAGUUGGCAGAUGAAACAAUCGAACAAAUACUUGAUAAGACAUUCAAAGAAGCUGAUGUAAAUCUAGAUGGAAAGAUUGAUAAAUCCGAGUGGCAUCAGUUUGUGACGAAAAAUCCUUCAUUGCUAAAAAUAAUGACACUCCAAUAUCUCAGGGAUAUCACAACUACAUUUCCUAGUUUUGUUUUCCAUUCAGAAGUUGAUGAAAUGGCCACUUAAGGAGCUGAUAAAAGCUGCUUGCAGUCCCGUUAAAUUUGAUCCCUGGGGCAGAUUCUGCACAUAUAGCUAGACCCCCCCUUAUUUUUUUUGUCCCCUUGAACUAUUGUUAUCCCAACCAUUAAGAAGAGUUGAGGUGUGCUUAAGGUAGCCUGUGCAUAUGGUUUGUGUGUCGAAAAGUUGAGAUGUGCCGUAUCAGUUGUGCUCUGGCUUUCUAGUUUUAGUUUGUUAGAAUUAGAGAAAGAACAUCUAUAUUAAAUGGGAAAAGAGAACAUUAUAUUAAUACAUUCAAAAGCAGUUUACCUUUUGUCCCAUUCUCGGCUUUUCUACCCUAUGUACAUUAUAUUUGUGGUUCUACUGAAGCUGUGAAUCCUGUGAUGGUAGCAACAAACAUGCCAUCUGCUUAUUGAGGCAUUGAGAUAAAUAUUGCUGUAGACUAUUGACUGUAAAGGAUAAUUGUUGUCAAAAUUGUAUAAUGUGACAACUAAAUUUAGAUGGAGAUUUUGUAUUAUGUUUGUUUUUAGACUCGCAAGAACACGUGUUGAACAAACAUAAUGUCGGAGCGUUUGUAAAGCAAUAGGAUAGAAGCAAAAUGCAAUAAGCCAAUAAUGGAAGCGUGAAGUAGUUGAGUUAGUAUCUCUUAUGUCGGUAUAAUUGGUGGUUAUGUAUCAUACUAGUCAAUGUUUGGUUUUGUUGGUAUAAUUGGUGGUUAUGUAUCGUACCAGUCAAUGUUAGGUGCAGUUGGCCUAAUAGAGUUGAGGCAUGCAUGGUAACAACUUGUUUGAUGACGCCUCGCGAUCGAAACCCUCCAGAGCUGCAAAGAGUAAAUGUAUAGAGUUGUAAAUGGGAUAUGAUCACAAGUCUUUUUGAUUUGGACUAAUUUAGUAAUUACUAACAUGGAUUUGACAAUAGCUGGAAAAAGCUAGAUGUAUAGUAUUUGUUCAAUGAUUUACCAAAAAACAUUGAAUGUGAAUUUGUGUCGACAAUCUUCAUUGUCAACUACUCCAUAGCUCACUCGCGACUUUUGAUUAAGAGCUUUGGAGCGUAUAAUGUAACUAACAAAUUUAAUGAAUACUUUUAUUGAUCUCCUUGCAUUUUGUAAAUCAUUUGAUCUACUACUAGUGUAUUUUUGUGGACAAGGUGCAAACAUCAUCGACUAGUUUACGAUUACAUGGUAUUUUCGGAAAUAAGUCAACAUUAGUGGGACUCGCAUAUUAUAAAAGUUAUUCACUUAUUUACAAAAUUGUCAUGCUGACUGGGUUGAUUGUUGAUAUAUUUACAAAAAUGGUAAUAAAUUUUAUUUAUCAUCAAGAUGAUUGGGGGCUUCCUCCAAUAUGUAUGUAAAAUUGUAAAUCUUUAAUGGUUUGUAAAAUCCUUUUUGUACAGUCUUUUUUUUUUAGGUGUUUCUCCUCUUCUAAACUCAUGGGAGGUGGUGGGUGGUAGGGUGGAAGAGUCCAAAAGAAAAUUAGUGAAUUUUAAUUAACUUAUAAAUUGUACUAUAAGUGCAAUUGGCUCCUUUGCGUAUAAACUUUAAACACGGUAUUUGGUUGAGUCGAGCUACUUCUAAAGCCCCCUUUUUUUUUUUUUUUUUUGGUAUUCCAUCCGAUUAACUCUUUGAGCUAAUCUGGAUUUGGGGAUUAAUUUUGGGUGAUUUGGUUUCAGUCUUCUCCUAAGCACCAACAACCAUUUUUUUUUUUCUUUCACAAACUUUAAAAUGCAGUAGUAAAAAUGACCCUGCAUCUGGAUAUACCAGCCCUUCAUACUCUUCUUCAUGGUUGGGAUAACAAUAGUUUAAGGGGGCAAAAAAAACCCUAAUGGCAAUUUUAGCAUUUGUUGGUAGGGAUUUUGAUGAGAUUCUGAUAAACCCUACAGAUUACCGGCCCAGAAAUUUCAUCAAAAUCCAUUCCAACAAAUCCUAAAAAUGCCGUAAAAUUUGCAGAAUUUCAGAAGAAGAAAAUCGAUCGGAUUCCCUUCACCACCGCAUUUUCUUCGACAAUUGCCGCAUUCUGCUCAGAAUUAUCUCAGCUAUCCUUUUGCGACAGUGUAGUUUCAUUCGACAAUUGCCGCAUUCUGCUCAGAAUUUCAAAGAUAUAAUUCAGGCUAUGUAUUCAAUGAAUAAUGCUGCUACCUGCAUUGCUUGAGCUCUGAUCUCCAAUGCUUCACAUUCGAGCAUAGCUCGCCUCUCCUCGUCUUCUAAGCGUAAGCUUUUGAUCACCAAAGAUUGCUGCAGCUUGCCUAGUUUGAGCUUUAAUCUUCUGCGCUUCAUCUCCAAGCAUGGCUUGUUUCAGUGCAUAAGCUAUGUCGUCUCCAGAGUAUGAUCCAUCUUCCCUUCUUUCUACUUCAAUCCCCAAACCCUUAUCUACCAUCACCCUUGCAUUUAGCCCUUGAUCAAUAAUAAAUGGCAACAGUAUAAGAUUGUGCCCAUGUUCUAGUGUCUCUAUGAUUGAACCCCACCCAGAGUGAAACAAUGAGCCCCCAAUUGACCGGUGAGCCAAAAUUUUGAGCUGCGGUGCCCACCCAAGACACACAAUCCCUUUCCCUGAUGUUCGCUUCAGAAAGCCUUCUGGUAAUGCCUCAGAAUCAUCAACUGCCCAAGUGGGUUUUCUGAGAGCCCAAAUGAAUGGCAACUGUGCAAGCUCUAGCCCAUUGGCUAUCCCAUAAACUUCAUCUUUUGUGAGUUUAUACUCACUGCCAAAUCCUACAUAGAUUACUGAUUGAGGGCUCUGUUGAUCAAGCCAUUUGAAGUUUUCAAUCCAUGUUUCUUCUGUGAUUUUUUCUUCUACUUUGGGUGGUGGGAGCAGGCCUACUGGCACCACAGGCUUGUUAAUGAGCUUUUGAAAGAGAUCCAUGUACUCUCCUUCAAAUUCCCUGCAACUGCGAACGCCUACUGCAUCACAUCCCUGGAUUAUCUUAGCCAGCCUCUCACCAUCUGAUAUCCCGGAUUCAUUCAUGCUGUAAGCUCCUGCGUGGAAUCCUGCUGCCUCGUAACCACGGAAAGCAACUGAUUGUGGGAAGAUUCCACCCCAGGGAGGUGGGGUUAUCAAACUGUCUGGUGUUGGUCUCAUUUUUUCCCGACCUUCCCCUGAAAGGUACUCUGGUGGACCCACAAAACACAAUGUGGUGGCUGUGUAGACAGAGAAGAACAUGAACUUAACAUGACAUUCCUGAGCAACCUCAGACAUCCGAUAACCUAUGAUAUCAGAGAUUAGCCAAUUAGGUGAAUUGCUUGAAACAAACUUCUUGACGGGCUCAUACAGGAGAUCAUAAGCCACCUUUAGGUAUGGGAUCUCAUCAAACUGUAUGUCAACAGUAGCCUCGGCUCCUUCGAGCAGGACACUAUCUGAAACUGUUGGUAACGGGAUGCUUACAUACUCUAUAAGGGAACUUAAUUUGGAAGGGAUACUAGGAAGCCUCUCAAUGUUCCUUGGGGUUGAUAUGUACGACACUCGUACACCUUUGUUGGCCAAGGCUACGGCGAGCUGGUAGAAAGGGAUCAUAUGGCCGAACGCUGACCAUGGAAGCAUAACUACGUGAAGAUCACUAGAGUCUGUCAUCAUUGAAGUAUGAGAACUCAGUAAAUAGUGGAAUUUAGUGUAAUUUUACAGUGGAAUUUCAGACUUUAGUGUAAUUUUACAGUGGAAUUUCUAUAACGUUUCUUA